GUUGGAUGAUAGAAAAGCUUGAGGCUGUUCUUCUAUGGCGGUGGGUCUCGUACGCUUCUUCCUCUUCUCCUCUUGACAAGAAAAAAAAAAAAGAAAAGAAGAGAAGACACUUACACGAAUUCCUUAUUAUUUCUUUGUUGAAAAAGGUCAUCGGCGGAGAAUUAUCGACGCCCGGUGAUCGCACCUGCGAUUUCGGCGAGGGAGAGUUUUGGAGAGAGUAAGUGACUUUGUUUCUGUCUCUUUCUUUCUCUCUAUCCAUCUGAUGGUUCUGUUAGCAGCGAGGGAAAGAUAAGGACGCGUUUGGUUCGAACAGAAAGCAAACCGAAAAUGAAUCAUCGAAGUAAUGGGACAGCGAUUGGAAAUGGAUUUGGAAGUGUAGAGAGUGAAUACAUUAGGAGACACCACAGGCAUGAUCCUGCUGAUCAUCAGUGUAGCUCUGCUCUCGUUAAGCACAUCAAAGCUCCUCUUCAUCUUGUUUGGUCUCUGGUGAGGAGAUUUGAUCAACCACAGAAGUAUAAGCCUUUCAUUAGCAGAUGUGUUGCUCAAGGAAAUCUUCAGAUUGGAAGUGUUAGAGAAAUCAAUGUAAAGUCUGGGCUUCCUGCCACUACAAGUACUGAAAGAUUGGAGUUUCUGGAUGAUAAUGAGCAUAUCCUCAGCAUCAGGAUUGUUGGUGGGGAUCAUAGAUUGAGGAACUAUUCUUCAAUCAUUUCCCUCCAUCCAGAGAUCAUUGAUGGAAGACCAGGGACUCUGGUGAUUGAGUCGUUUGUGGUGGAUGUACCUGAUGGGAAUACCAAGGAUGAGACGUGCUACUUUGUUGAAGCUCUGAUCAAAUGCAAUCUCAAAUCACUAACGGAUGUGUCAGAGCGGCUUGCAGUGCAGGAUCGGACUGAGCCCAUUAAUUGCAUCUGAGAAACUUUGGACUGGACUGUGGAGAUGUGGUGGAGGCUAUGGUUGCAAAGGAUGAAGCUUCCAGGGCAUUUAAAUCUCCUAGGCGCUGGAUACAGACAGGCUGUAGUACUUUCUUCCAUCUUCCGGACACUUGCACUCUUCUGCGUUGAUCGUCAUGUUCUCCUCCUCAAUUUAUUUGCUGGAUUUCCAAUCUUCAGUAGCUCAAGAACCACACCCUUAUAACGGUUUAUCGUGCUUGUGAGUUGUGAAUGAAAGAGCGAAAAGGAAAGACUAGGUCUUAUUUCUUUGUGAUAUCCAGCGUUUUGUCUGUUGUUGUAACUUUAUGUUGUAUAUACAGUGUGCUGAAAGGAGUUGGUUUGUAUUUUUGUCUUGCCUCUAGUUUUAGGUCCAGGUAAAAGAGCUUUGUGAAAUGAAUAUUUAUGGCCUUAGACCAUUUGUUCAA